AUGCAAUACCACAAUCUAUCCAGACGAGGGCGCUGUUGUGUUUCUUUUGAACGUAAUGAUCGUUGAGAAUAUGGUGGUGGACCGGUGGACCAGCAGCCAGUCAAGGCAGCAUGAUAACAACACAGCAGAGAUCAUUAUUUGAAGAACUGGGAUUUAAACAUAAUAAAUGUAUGCAACGAUAACUUCUGAGUCUUCUGGCAGACCAAGAGAGAGAGAAGCAAAUCCGGAUUCACCACUGUGACUUGUUUUGGGAAAAAAAGACCUAAGGUGGAGCUUUUACUCGUAUUGCCUUCUAGCUAACGUUAGCUGGCUAACAUGCAGCUUUAGUGUCUGAAUUUGCAGGAAAACGAGACUCUGGGAUAUAUCGAGCUGGAAUUUGCAUGGACUGCCACUACCUCGACCACUUUAACACUCAACUAUUAGCAUGCAGUUAAGACCAUGCUGGCCUUUCACUUUGCAGACAUAGCUGGUUAGCUAGCUACCUCUAAAGGGCCGACUCGUUAGCGCAGCUGGAAGCCGAACCCACGGCGCUUUUGGUCGGCCAGAGGAACAACGCCAUGUCGCGGGUUGAAAUCGGCCCACCCGUAGAGCUAACUUCAGGAAGCUAGCUGGAUAUAGCAGGCCGCUUCCGAUGGUCGUUAUCAUCCCCUAGACAGUUAAAUAUUUAGAUAAAUCACAACACAAAACCGAGAGGCACCUUUAACUUUCAUUAUGCACGGUGUUUUAUUUUGUUUUUAAUUUGUGGUAAUUGACGUAUUACUUAUAAAACUAAGGCACGUAAUUUUAUGUAUAGAGAAAUUUGCAUCAGCUAGCCACAAUACACAUCAAUCUAUCUAAAUAACUUUGGGCAAAGAUACGUGCGACAUUAAGGUACUUCUUAGCUUGAAUGGGAUUAUUUAAGUUGGCACAGCUGUUGAAAGCCACACAUGUAAACAAGUCGGACUGCGUUAAUGUUUUGGUUCGUUAUUUUAUUGCAAGGUUUCACUACAUAUCAUUCGAGAUGAUGCUGAGCUGUUACCUGAACGGCAGUUUAGCGUGUUAAAGCUUGGAUUUAUCUGGCAGUAAUUAGCUUUACACAGACACUAUAAGGCAUGGGAGUUGUUGACCUGGAGCAUAGCGAGACAUAUCAGCCAUUCAUUCAUGAUUGAUGACCUUUGAGGAAGCAGACUGUCCUUUACCCAUUUUCCACUACAGCUUAGCCACUGCAUCAAGCCACUAACAGUCUUUCUUGUUGUUAUUUAUUUUUAACCACUAAUGCCACCUAGUGAAAAAAAACUGAGGAGAUUUGAGUGUUAGUUUUUAGCAGCAUUUUCUUUUAAAGUCCCACUGACAUCCAACUGGAACUACUGGGGUGGAUGGGAACAUGAGGAGCUCUCUGUCUGAUCUGAACCAGCUUCCCAGUAGCUUGAAGAUCUGAUCAAAGCACAAGAGAGAGCCCCAUUGUGUGGACUGAAAACUGAAAAAAGAAAGAUGAUGUGGAUGAUGAUAAAAGAGGCCCAGUGACAGUGUUGAUCCCCGCACCAGGAAGCAGAGGAGUGUCAAAAGGUUGCAGACAUGAGUCUCCGCCAACCCACCUCUACACUGGACAGGCUCAGCAGUCUGACCAUCAGCGACUCAGAGCGCAAAUCCUCUGCCACCCAGCAGAGGGAGCCAUCGAUUGAAAUCCCUGCUGAGAUUACGGGUACUGGUCUUGUCCAGAGAUGUGUGGUCGUGCAGAAGGACCAGCUCGGCUUCGGCUUCACAGUAUGUGGAGAGAGAGUCAAGCUAGUGCAGAAUGUCCGACCUGGUGGUGCAGCAGUCAAGGCUGGGGUCCAAGAAGGGGACCGAAUCAUAAAGGUGAACGGCUCACUGGUGUCCUCCAUGUCCCAUCAGGAGGUGGUAAAGCUCAUCAAAUCUGGACCAUAUGUAGCUCUGACACUACAAGGGCCGCCCCCUUCAGCCGCCUCCUUGCCCUUAGAGCCCCUCCCCACUGAGCUCACAUCCAAUCAAAGAACAUCUCUGGGUGGGGAGGCCCCACCCCCUCCACCUCCACCCCUUCCCUCUGGACUGAGCAGCACCCCUUCCCAAAGAAUCACUGGACCCAAACCACUACAGGACCCAGAAGUACAGAAACAUGCCACUCAGAUACUCAGGAAAAUGCUGGAGCAGGAAGAGGCUGAACUGCAGGUGUUGAUGGAGGAGCAGUUGAGGAGCCCGUCCCUGUCACUGGGGGAGCGGAUUGAAAGUGCCAAGAGAAGAGCUCACCAAGUCAGGGUCAAGAUUCAGCAAGAUCUGGAGGGAACGCGAUCCGAAUGUCCCACAAGCUACGUCAUAGCAGGAGAAGGUCGACUAUCAUUGGAGUCAAGCGAAGGAGACAUGGAGGCCUUUGAGAGUCCCCACUCCUCCCCCUCAUCCUCCUUCAGGAUCCCCCAACACCGACGGCAGAACUCCGACACACACACCUUGUCUGAUUUGGGCGGAAAGGCCCAGAUCAUCGGCCCCGAGGAAGAGGAUGAAGAAGAUGACGGCUAUGCAUUUAACGAGAUGGACGGACCAUUCCAGGACAUUGAGUUGUUGAGGUCACGACCGGCACACAUGGCGGUGUUCAUGAGAUAUGUCUUCACCCAGCUUCUGGACCCCAACCCUCUGCUGUUUUACCUGUCGGUGGAGGCCUACCUGGGCUCCAGCACUAAAGACGCCCGCGCACUUGCACCUCAGAUCUGUUCCCAUUUCCUGGACCCAGAUGCUCCCCUGAAAAUCAAAGUACGAGAGGAGUAUCUCACAGAUAUAGAAAGUCGACUUCAUGCCCAGGAGGACAUCAGAGGACCUCUGUCCGAGCUGCAGCAGCUAGUGCUGCCGGACAUCCAAGACCAGAUACAGGACUACAGGAACAAGCAGAUGAUGGGUCUCGGCUCUCUGUUUGGUGAAGGGGACCUGCAGCAGCUGGAUGGAGACCCGAUGAAAGAGAGACAGGUGGUGGACAGACAAGUCACUGCCCUCUGGGAAAUACUAUCAAAGCACGAAGAGGACAGAAGUUCUCCUCUGGCGUCGGCUGUGCACCUAUACCUGCGUCAUUCUGGUAUCAAGCUGAGAGACUCCAAGGUCUUCCCUGGUCUGAGCACGGAGAAGGAGAAGUGGCUGGCUUUCUUAAAGACGAAAAAGCUGAGUGGUACCAAGAAAGAGAAAGAUGGAGAGGAUAAAAAGAGAAAUCCCAUCCUGAAGUACAUCGGCAAACCCAGGACCACAUCCCAGUCCACAUUCCAUGUCCCGUUGUCUCCCACCGAAGUCCGUCCUGGCAGUGUGAGGAACAUCAUUCAGCAGUUUGAGAACCACACAGAGACGGGAGAGGAGGGAGACGAUGCUGCCGACCCCCAGAGGCUCUCCACCAGCAGCCUGGGAGAAGACGGCAUGGACAGCCCCACAAUCUCAGUGCGUCUGGCACGCAGCGAGUCGUUGAAAGCUCAGGGAGAAGGGCGACGGCGGGGCGUCGUCUCGGGGACGGAGUCUGUCCCUCGCUCUCGUAGCGAUGUGGACAUGGAGGACUGCGGGGAGGAGAGGGAGGGGCCAGGCCUCAGGCUGCUGCAGCACAGCGCCUCGUCCUCUGCAUCCAGCAGCUCUGCACGGUCACUAGAGAACCCUACACCCCCAUACACCCCUCGGUCUAGACGCAGGAGUAUGGAUUCACCGUUGGCCCUGCUGCCAGACGCUGCAGCACUGGAGGAGGAGGUGUUUGACAGUCAGAUCUGGCAGGACACAGUUCCUCCUCAGCUCCUCGCCACACUCAGUCCAAGGGAGGUGGAAAGACAGGCCGUCAUAUACGAGCUGUUCACCACCGAGGCGUCCCACCUGCGGACCUUGAGGGUCCUGGACCAGGUCUUUUUCCAGAAGAUGAGGUCUGUGCUGAACUCUGAUGAGCUGGCCUGCAUCUUCCCCAACCUGCCCCAGGUCUAUGAACUCCACGCAAGUCUGUGCGAGGCGAUGAAGAAGAGAAGAGAAAAUCCCAUCGUUCAGGACAUCGGGGACGUUAUGCUGGCCAGGUUUGAAGAUGCAGCUGGAGAUGAGUUUCAGGAACAAGCGUCGCAGCUGUGCAGCCAGCAGUCUCAGGCUCUGGAGCUCAUCAAGAACAAACAACGUAAAGACCCUCGCUUCGCUCACAUCAUCCAGGAGUGUGAAGCUAGUCCUCACUGUCGGAGGCUGCAGCUCAAAGACCUGCUGGUGUCAGAGAUGCAGAGACUCACCAAGUACCCCCUGCUGCUGGACAACAUCAUUAAACACACAGAGGCUGCUUCGCCGGACCUCCCCUCACUUCAGCGCGCCCAGGCUUGUUGCCGAGGGAUACUGCAGGCUGUUAAUGAGGUUGUCGGGGAAAUAGAGCACCGGCAACGCCUCAGCCAAUACCAACGCAGGCUGGACGCUGCCCCUCUAUUCAAGAGUCUGGACCUCACCACUAAGAGAAUGAUUCAUGAAGGUCCUCUCACGUGGAAAGUCAGCAAAGAUAAGCAGAUAGAGAUUCAAGCACUGCUGCUGUCAGACUGCCUGGUCCUCCUACAGAGGGGCCCAGACGACCGGCUGCAGCUGAGAUAUCCAUCCCGCUGGCUGGGUGGAGGCAGCGGAGACAGCAAGACCUCCUUCAGCCCUCUGGUGAAGCUGGACUCUCUGCUUGUCCGCUUAGUAGCUACAGACAACAAAGCCCUCUACGUCAUCAGCACCACAGAGAGGCAGAUCUAUGAGCUGGUGGCUGGGACAUCAUCAGAGAAAAACACCUGGAAAGAUUUACUUGAAAAGACCAUCUCGUCAGCUGGUGGUUCAUCGCCCCUGAUCAAUCACGGAUCCAUGCCUAUAUCCUCCCCCAGUCUACGCAGUGCGUCCCCAGCCUCAACCAGCAGCAACGUCUUUGCAGACAACUCCACGACGGAGCAGUCGGAUUCAAUAGAGACUCAUUCCUCCGAGGACAUUGAGAUCUCAGAAAACGCACCUAGGGACCAAUCAGGAGCUUUCAUCUGUGGUGAGAGAAAAGACGGUGGUGUGGCAGAGGCCGCUUUACAAGAUGUUGAAACACUAAGGCAGCUGAUAUUACGAGAUUUGGAAGAUGACGGUUGGAGCCACGAUUCCGAUGACACGCCCACCAACGAGACGGCCAAUGGAAGGAGCUCGUUCACCGAAAGGCAGCGGCCAGAGUCUUUAGAGACUGUCCUCAACUUCAGCAUCAACGAAUGGGAGGCCGAGCCUGAAGAGGUUCUGCCUCAAGACGCAGAGCAACCCAGCAGCGUUCAGGUCGUACGGAAAGCUGUGGUUGCGGGUCCUUCUUCUUCUUCUUCUGUCCCUGAUGACAUCAUUGAUGGUGUCACCCUCCCCUCCGACCAAUCAUCCAAGCCGAGAGGCGAGGCCACUACGCAGGGGAACACUUUCUACUUGGUAAUGCCGACGGAGCAGGGAGAGAGCUUCACUGAAGACGUCAACGACCCUCCUACCCCCACAGGCAGCCACUUCCCUCAGCCUCUGGAGGAAGUGAUACCACCACGGACUCAUCCAGAGGAGGAAACGCUCACCUGCGGCGCAGAGCCCAACCAAUCAGAGGCUAUGCAACUGGAACGGGAAGAGAAAACGGGCCAAUCGCAGGCUGGGCAGAGCCACGUGAUCAAAAAUGUGGAUGAGAUUUUCCACACGAUUGAGGGGUUGACGAGCAAGUUGCGCCAGCUGAAGGAAAUCGAGAAGUCCCAUCACAAGCUUUUGAAAACCCUCAGAGAGCCCUUUGUCAAUCAGGACUCCGAGGACCAACCGUGUCACUCGGCAACCGUCUCCAGAACACCAUCUCUGGAUCGUAGCUCAGGAGACGGCAAAGAGGGCAGUCCAGCAGAGCCCAAGAUUCAGUCGACUGGAUUCUGACAUCGCUGCAGAGUGGAUUUACUUGCGGUCAAUCGAUCUUGAUUGUUGGCAUACGGACAGACCCAUGCGUACCCACUGUCGGACUCGGGCGCCACAGCCCUGCCUCCCCUCGCCCCCUCGUCCCUGCAUGCACUGGCCAGUGGAACAGAGCCCAGGAAGGACUGUAGCUGUUUGCUUUCUUUAAGCUGGCCGGAUUGACCAGGAUUUCUGAGGUCCGCACAACCUCGGACUUCUUCCAGAGCACGGGGGAGUCCAGGACCGAGUGAGGAAAGAGUAUCAAGGAAAAAAAAAAGUUGACUGGUUAAAGAGAGAAAGGAAGAAAAAAAAAAAAGUUGGAAAAAUUAUAAAGUGGGGGAAAAUGACCAAGUUGGAUAUAUGUGAAGAAAAAGGAGUUGUAUGUCUUGCUUUAAAGAGCUGGUUGAAGGAACGGCGCAGAAAAGUUUUGAAAUGUUAAUUUAAGGAAAAAUCCGAGGGACCCACCACCCCUGCACUUUACCCACAAUGCAUCCCUCUUUCAUGUAUGUCCUCUUCAGUGGACGGAUCAGGAACUGGAGAUGCCACUGGCUUUACAUUUAGGGGCCGACGUUACAAUGCCCAGCUCCCCGCCACUAGUUGCUUUACACGGAGUUCACCUGCCACCACGGCCGAAGGACUGUGUCUAUAUAAUUCAGGUUAUUUGCACUGGGUAAGGAAACCAAUAUCACACACACACAUUAAACCGUUUCAUUCAUCUCAGACCUUCGUAAUCCCCCCACUGUGGGGGAAACACUAGAGUUGUUGUCAUCAGGAACAGUUGCAGCCACGCUGACAUAUCCGUAAGCCCUCUUUUUUUUUUUUUUUUUUUAAGUAAAGCUUGGAACCAUCAGUGCAACUUAUUGAUGGUUAAAUGGUUUGUGUUGAUUGUUCACUUCAAAGUUCUGGAAACACUUCUGCACUGUAUACUACUGAAAUGCUGGCAGGUUUUAUUUUCAGCGCUGCUUCAGAGGCGUACAGGGAUCUCAGCGAUUUAAAAUAAACAAGCUCAGUGGAUUCGCACAGCUGUUCGGAUCAUGUAAAGUUGUUUUAAGUUAGGGAGAGAUCUGGUGUUUUGGGGCGAGGUUCAAGACAGGCAAUGUUGAUGACGCGCGUGAGGAAAGAGGACAAACGACGGAUUCAAACUUAGAAACUUGAAUUUUCACUGACGUCCUGUGUCGCUCAACCAAAUUGCUGCCAAAUAUCGCCGCUGACAUUGCCUGUCUACACUUUUAAGAUUUGACUGUGCGUCCUCCAUCCCUCUCUCCGGUGUAGUGUGUGUGUGUAAAUCCCACGGUAAAUACUGUGAACCAGCAACUCCUCCCUUCCCCCAUGCAGCAGUCGUACCAUACAUAGUGUUUAUAGCCAUCUAGCCUACGUCUUGUCCCCGUAUUCUUCUCAGAACAAGUUAUAUUUAUUAGGAGAAAGGAAAAGCUUUUUAAAAAUUUAAUUUUACAAACUAAAGCACGUGGUCCAAUCAAAAAUCAACAAGUAACCGCUAUAUGCAACUGUGCUGUGAUCACAGCAGUUCGAUUAAGUAAAAAAAAAAAAAAAAAAUGUAAAGGGGUAGUUUGACAUUUUGGAAAAUACAUUUACGGGCAAAGAUCGAUACCACUUUCAUAUAUGUACGGUAAAUAUGAAGCUAACGACAGCCGCUGCUUAGCUUAGCAUAAACACUGGAAUCGGGGGAAAUUGCUACCCUGGCUCGCUCUUAAGGUAACAAAAUCCACCAACUAGCACCUAAAGAGCACAGUGAUUAACAUCUCAUUAGUUCCUGCAGCCUCUGCGCCUGAACUGCGCCUCAUCGUUUUCGCGUGUUUGGUGUUUUACGCCAAGCUAAGCUAACCAGCUGCUGGUUCCAGCUCCGUACUUGAAGCACAGACGAACGAAUGGUAUCGAUCUCAUCCAACCCGUGACAAGGAAGCUAAUAAUGUCAAACUAUUCCUUGAACUAUUUUUGGAUCAUAUGUAGGAGGAAUUUAAAGUCCUUGACAUUCAGAAAGGUUUUUGUACGCCUUGGUUGAGGCACGUGUAACCAGCAAAGACUGACACUAGAGCCAAGUGCUUUUUUUCUCAAACGCCAUCUAUCUUGAACUAAUUCCAAUAAACCCUAGACCGAAAAGAUGUAUUUAAAAUGUCACAAGGAAGGAACUUCUUUUAGAGAAGUUAUUUUGUGUACCAGUUUAAAUGUUUUUCUUUUUUCGUCUCUUUCUUUCUCUUAUCAAGCUGGGCAGAAUCACACUGGACUGGAUUUUAUUUGAGCUGGUUUCAAAUACUGAGGAGCACUUUAGUGAGUUACCCAGCAAAACUGACAAUACACUACCAAACUGCACAAACCAGGAGCCAAGUAUAUUUACAAACUACCAGCCAGAUUCUGCUAUUAAAAUGAUAUUUCACUGCCUGGUGGAAGGUUUUCACUCUUUAGCCAGCACACACUGAAGGCGUUGUUUGAUGAGAAGUGUAACUCGGCUGUCGCAUAUGAUAUAAAAAAAAAAAAAGAGUGGACUU